CAGUCUCGCUCUGCCCUGACCCUCCUCUGCUUCUCCCCUCCCAAAUUUGUGAGUUGCGGCGGGAGAGAGAGAAACAGAGACAAAGAGCGGAGAAACCGGCGGCGGCGGCGACGAUGAGGAUUGAGGAGGUGCAGUCGACGUCGAAGAAGCAGCGCAUCGCCACCCACACCCACAUCAAGGGCCUCGGCCUCGACGCCAAUGGGACGGCGAUAGGGAUGUCGGCGGGGUUCGUGGGGCAGGCGGCGGCGCGGGAAGCGUCUGGGCUAGUGGUCGACAUGAUCCGCCAGAAGAAGAUGGCUGGCCGUGCGCUGCUCCUUGCCGGCCCGCCCGCAACCGGCAAGACGGCUCUGGCGCUCGGUAUCUCGCAGGAGCUGGGCAGCAAGGUUCCUUUCUGUCCUAUGGUAGGAUCAGAGGUGUACUCCUCAGAGGUCAAGAAAACUGAGGUGUUAAUGGAAAAUUUCCGUAGAGCUAUUGGCCUGCGUAUAAAGGAAAACAAAGAAGUUUAUGAGGGAGAGGUUACUGAACUUUCCCCAGAAGAGGCCGAGAGUUCUACUGGUGGAUACGGGAAAAGCAUUAGCCAUGUAGUCAUAGGCUUGAAGACUGUAAAAGGGACUAAGCAACUGAAGUUAGAUCCUACAAUUUAUGAUGCUUUAAUAAAGGAAAAGGUGGCAGUGGGCGACGUUAUAUACAUCGAAGCUAACAGCGGUGCAGUGAAAAGAGUCGGUAGAUGUGAUGCUUUUGCUACAGAAUACGAUCUUGAAGCAGAGGAGUAUGUCCCAAUUCCCAAAGGGGAAGUCCACAAGAAAAAGGAAAUAGUGCAGGACGUUACACUUCAUGACCUUGAUGCUGCAAAUGCCCAGCCACAAGGAGGCCAAGAUAUUUUGUCCCUUAUGGGCCAGAUGAUGAAGCCACGGAAAACUGAGAUCACCGAGAAGCUACGCCAAGAGAUUAAUAAGGUGGUUAACAAAUAUAUCGAUGAAGGUAUUGCAGAGCUUGUACCUGGCGUGCUGUUCAUUGACGAGGUCCACAUGCUGGACAUUGAAUGCUUCUCUUAUCUUAAUCGUGCUUUGGAGAGCCCAUUAUCACCGAUCGUAAUACUUGCUACAAACAGAGGAAUAUGUACUGUAAGAGGAACCGAUAUGACAAGUCCGCAUGGUAUACCGGUCGACCUUCUAGAUAGGUUGGUGAUCAUACGGACAGAAACAUAUGGUCCUACCGAGAUGAUCCAGAUAUUGGCUAUUAGAGCACAGGUUGAAGAGAUUGAUAUUGAUGAGGAAAGUCUUGCAUUUCUAGGAGAGGUUGGACAGCAGACCUCUUUGAGACAUGCCAUUCAGUUGCUGUCACCUGCUAGUGUCGUAGCAAAGGCUAAUGGGAGAGAGAAGAUCUGCAAGGCUGAUCUUGAAGAAGUUGGUGUUCUGUAUUUGGACGCAAAGUCUUCCGCUCGUCUGCUUCAGGAGCAGCAAGAAAGAUACAUCACCUAAAUUUCUCCUGCAGGGCAAGAAUGUCACCAAGAAAACUCACCUGUCGGCUCUAGUAUUUCGACAGUCCUCCCCUGGCUCCACUUGGUAACCAGGCGCAAAGACUUCUUCGGGACCACUGUCGGGGGCCAUUAUUUUCCUAGCAGCUGCAGUCUGGACUUCCAUUAGUCCCUUGAGAACAAUUUGAUUCCUUCCGGCUAUUGUUUGUUCGCAUUACUGUUUGUUGAUUAGAUUUUGUAAGAACUACCGUGUGUCUUAGUUAAUUAUGCUAAUUAAUGGCAAUAUUUUCUCCGUC